AUGCCGCAUCACAUGGGCACAUAUGCCGGCCCCAGCUGUUGGGACAAAGUUAAAAUGGGUUUUGCAAUUGGUUUUUGUGUAGGAUUAGUGUCCGGAACAAUUUUUGGAGGUUUUACUGCUUUUAGAUAUGGUUUGAGAGGUAAAGAACUAGUCUCUAACGUGGGUAAAGUCAUGCUACAAGGCGGAGGAACAUUCGGUACAUUUCUGGCAAUAGGAAGUGGCAUAAGAUGUUAA